UCAGUAGCUGUUUGGCCAGCCCAGGGCGCCAUGUCUUGGUCACGCUCCAUACUGCUUUAGAUGCUUGUACUUUGCGGAAUGGCGCUGCUAGCAAAGCACUUCGAUGCUCGUUGCGGAAUUAUCAAAGGACAAUCUGUCAAGAUGUGGCUCACAUGAUCAGCGCUUCCUGCUCCAAUGAAUGGACUCCUGUCACAGGACAUUACUAAACAGAAUUAUUACCAUCUCUGCGAUGAACAGUGUUUGGAGACAAGGGGUGUAUCAGAACUCCAUUAUAAAGAUACCAGUAACUUUAACCCAAGCCAUGCUGAUUUCAAGUCACGCUGCCAUUAAAAGGUCUGUAGGUGAGGUAACCUAUCAAAAGUUCUUGAUCAUGACCACCAAGUCGUCUUUGUUAAAGGUGAUUCUGCUGGGGGAUGGUGGUGUGGGAAAGUCCUCCCUCAUGAACCGGUAUGUCUCCAACAAGUUUGAUUCACACCUGUUCCACACGAUCGGUGUCGAGUUCUUAAACAAAGAGCUGGAGGUGGAUGGUCACACGGUCACUCUACAGAUCUGGGACACAGCAGGCCAGGAGAGGUUCAGAAGUCUCCGGACGCCGUUUUACCGUGGCUCUGACUGCUGUCUGCUUACGUUUAGUGUGGAUGAUAAUCAAAGUUUCUUGAACCUCAACAACUGGAAGAAGGAGUUUGCAUUCUACGCAGAUGUCAGGGACCCGGAUAAAUUUCCGUUUGUUGUUCUAGGAAACAAAGUAGAUGUGACGGAGCGUCAGGUGUCAAUGGAAGAUGCUCAAAGGUGGUGUCAAGAGAAUGGUGGAUAUCCAUACUUUGAAACAAGCGCAAAGGAUGCCACUAAUGUCUCGGGUGCAUUUGAGGAAGCAGUUAGACGUGUGCUUUCAUCUGAAGAUCGCGCAGAACACCUGCUGCCCACAGACACUGUUGACUUGUGCAGGAAGCCACGGGCCAAUGGCUCAUGCUGUUGAUGUUGUGUAAUGAUAUGAACACAACUGAAACACUCCUUUGUGUUAUUGAAAAAAAAAAAUGCAUACUCAUAAGUUCUCAACAGCAGAUGCCAGAAAAACUUCUUGUGUGCAGUAUGCAAAUUUUGCUACAUCAUUUCUGUCAUUGUAGAGUUACAACAUCUCAAAACACUUGCUCUGAACAAUGAACAUGUAAGGGAUCACUGAGGUCCUUUAGUUUUAGCUCUCACACUAGUUCUAAUGCUGUUUACAGUUGAGAAAUAAAAGCCAGCUGUUACACUCAUGAACACUAGAACAUAUUCAAAUGUGUUUUCGUCUCAUUUUCUGGUGUUGUGCUACUUUAAGUGCCUUUAGCACUGGUUUCUUUGUUUGCCUUAUUUUAACAACCUUGCAUUUUAAGAUAUUUUUUGGAAUAUCUUGGAGUCGUGAAGUGUGAUUUGGUAGCAUAUUUGCAAAUAUAUUUUGUAUUAAUUACCACUUUUAAUUUCCACAGGCUUUUGUACCUUAUCAGGGGUAACAAUUUUUUUUUAAAAUAUGCUAGAAUAUACAAGCUGAGCACUGAAAUGAGACCAUUCAAAGACAUUUAAGGGUUAAUUUUAUUUUACAUAGACAUGAUUUCAAUGUCACACAAUGAUUCUUAUAAUAAUCCUGCUUGCUAAAUCCAAGUUUGCUACAUUUGCGUGUAUUAAAUAUUUAAUUGAAAUAAUGCUGAAUUAAAAGUAUUUGAUUAUUGA